AUGGAAGUUCUGUGCACAUUUAUAAGUACUCUAUCAAAACCAAAAAAUUCCCCUUUUGAUCGAAUUCGAUUAAAACCAGCUGAAAUAUAUACUUGCCAAAUCGAAAAUCAAGUAAUUCUUGAAGAUGACGAGUUGCAGUUUGUAGGUCAACAUUUAAACGAAAGAUUUAAUAACAAUGUCAACUCUGUUUCGUUUAAUCUUUGCUUCAUCACAAAAGUUCCAAGAAACUUAUUAAAUCAUUUUCCGAACCUACACAGCUUAACUAUUUGCGGAUCAAAUCUAAAAGUUUUAAACAAAGAUGAUUUAAUCAAAUACAGACAUUUUAAAUCAUUAAACUUUGAUUCAAAUCAAAUUGAAUUUUUACCUGGUGACUUGUUUGAAGGAUUUGAAAACUUAGAAAAGGUUUCAUUUAAUAACAAUAAUUUAAGAGUCGUUGAGCCGACUAUUUUCGAUGGAUUGAAGAAGUUACACAAUGUAGACUUGAACUCUAAUCCUUGUCUUAAUAUAAGUUGCAAAGGAGAUUUUGUCUACAACGGCAAUUUCGUAGUGGAUUUAUGA